AUGGCCUCGAGGGAAGCUGGCAGAGCUCUGCGGAGUUUUACCCAGGCUUCCCAUACUUCAUCGGUCAUAAUGCAGCAGAGGCGGACGAUAUGCGCGCAGUGUCUGGCGAGCCGCGCAGCGAGCUGGCAUGGCAGGAUCACGGGCGAUGUCGGAAAGAUGCCAGGAAGAGGAAACCUUCGAUACAGCACAUCGGCGCGGCGGAGCAUGGCGACCAUGACGGACUACAGGAUCGACGAAUAUGGUCAUACAGGGCCGAUAGCAGAGUACGACCGCAGAGUGAAUUCGGGACGUCUGCGAAACGACGAGCAUCAGCGAGUGCUCAUACAAGAGCUGCAGAAUCUACAUGAUACGCUGAGCGGCUAUGAGCCGCCGAAAGUGGUCCGACCCACCAUAGAGUCCCUUCAACCCAAGAAGAGGUCUAUCUUUGGCUCGUUGCUUGGUGGGAAGAUUGUUGGUGAACUUCAGAUGCGGCCAAGGUCAGAUCUGCCGAAAGGCCUGUACAUGUAUGGCGAUGUAGGAAGCGGGAAGACCAUGAUGAUGGACCUCUUCUUCGACACAUUGCCGAGUAACAUCACCCACAAGACAAGGAUACACUUCCACAACUUCAUGCAGGAUGUGCACAAAGAGCUGCACAAGAUGAAGAUGCAGUAUGGGAAUGAUAUUGACUGCAUACCGUUUGUGGCAGCCACUAUCGCCGAGAAGUCUUCGGUGCUGUGCUUUGACGAGUUCCAAUGCACAGAUGUGGCGGAUGCUAUGAUUCUGCGGCGUCUUAUUGAGAGCUUGAUGGCGCAUGGGACGGUGCUGGUGACGACGAGUAAUCGCCAUCCAGAUGAGCUGUACAAAAACGGCAUCCAACGAGAGUCGUUCAUUCCAUGCAUCCGGUUGCUCAAAGAUCAGCUUCGAGUGCUGAACCUUGACUCGACAACAGACUACCGCAAGAUCCCGAGGCCGCCAUCAGGCGUGUACCAUCAUCCAAUCGACGCCGCAGCCAAGCAGCACGCCGAACAUUGGUUCAACUUCCUGGGCGAUCCUGAACGUAAUCCCGUGCACCAGGAAACGCAGACAGUCUGGGGUCGGGAUAUCGUAGUGCCUCGAGCAUCAGGCAAAGCUUGCUGGUAUACGUUCAACGAACUUAUCGGCAGCGCGACAGGCGCUGCAGACUAUCUGGAACUCGUUCAACAUUACAAUGCCUUCAUCGUGACAGAUGUACCAGGCAUGAACGUCCGCUCCCGAGAUCUUGCACGCCGCUUCAUCACAUUCCUGGAUGCAGUCUACGAGUCAAGAGCGAAGCUAGUCCUCACGACAGCCGUACCCUUGACCCGAAUCUUCAUGUCUCGCGACGAGGUUGACGAUUUGCUUGACAGAGCAGCAGGGUCUGGCAGCUCGGCAGCCAAGGAGGCAAAACAGACCGCUCAAGGUGGCGAUGUCGAUGAUGCGAUGAGAAUGAUGAUGGAUGAUCUAGGCAUGAACAUGGAGAGCAUGAAGAAGAGCAACAUGUUCACUGGUGACGAGGAAGCUUUCGCUUUCGCCCGAGCGCUUUCUCGGUUGACGGAGAUGGGCAGCCAGGAAUGGGUUGAGCGCGGCUUGGGUCUGGAGUAUCGUGGUGGGAAGAAGGAGGCGGAUGAUUGGAUCAAGGUGAGAGGACAUUGGAGACAGGACAGUUAUUGA